GAAGGUAUGGGGAGUCCGGAAAAGUUUCAGGUUAGAGGUCAUUUCAUGGUUAAAACAAAAAUACUACAUACGUGAAAAAUCUCUUGUGAAUUUUCCCAGCUUUUCCUGCAAUAUCCACGAAAAAUCACCUGGCCAGGAGGCAUGCGAGACAUGCAUAAGCAAAAUUUAAAUGAGAAACCAAGUCCCAUCCGGAUGGGAAGUAUUGAUGACAUCAACUUGGAUCAAUUCCUGAAGAUUACAAAUUACGAGGAUACCGUGAAGCAGUUGGAUAUCUACUAUGGAAUUGUCAAGAGACAACUUUUGCAGUUCCAGAGCCCUAUUACGGGGCUCUUUCCGGUUUUAACGACAGACACAGAGGUGGGUAGUAUUAGGGAUAGUGUUUACUGCGCAUCGGCUAUUUGGAGCCUGUAUCAGGCCUACAAGAGGAUUGAUGAUGAUCGAGGGAAAUCCUAUGAACUUGCCCAGUCAACGGUUAAAUGUAUGCGCGGUGUGCUGGAGUGUUGGAUCAAGCAGGCACGUCGUGUGGAACUCUUCAAGUCACGGCAGUGUAGCCAACAUGCCCUUCACGGCAAAUUCCACCUUCACACAGGCGAGCAAAUCCUCCCGGAUGACAAGUACAAUCACCUCCAGAUCGACGUGGUUUCCGUCUACCUCAUCUUCCUUGUCCAAAUGAUCACAUCGGGUUUGCAGAUUAUCUACACGCAGGAUGAGGUGGCGUUCGUCCAGAACUUGGUGUACUACGUCGAGAGGGCAUACAGAACGCCGGAUUUUGGGAUUUGGGAGCGUGGAUCAAAGUACAACGAUGGAACACCCGAGAUUCAUGCAUCGUCAAUUGGUUUCGCCAAAUCUGCCCUUGAAGCCAUCAAUGGGUGCAACCUUUUUGGGGAGAAAGGUGCCUCAUGGAGUGUUGUCUACGUUGACAUUGAUGCCCACAAUCGCAAUCGAAGUAUCUUCGAAACAAUGCUCCCGCGGGAGUCUAGCUCCAAAGGUGUGGAUGCUGCUCUCAUUCCUACCCUCUCCUUCCCGGCGUUUGCCUCCCACGAGGAGCGUCUCGUUGACAUGACGAAGAAGAAUGUUGUUACGCGCCUCCAGGGUGUCCGGGGCUUCAAGAGAUUCAGUCGCGAUGGCUACCUCAGCAAGAUUGAAGAUAAAAGUCGAAGAUUCUACAAUCGUGGGGAGAUUAAAGACUUUGAGGGCUAUGAAUGUGAAUGGCCACUCUUUUACAUCUACAUGAUCAUCGAUGGGGUCUUUAAGAAUAAUCCCGCACAAAUUGAAGAGUUCCAAAAUGAGCUAAGAAGUUGUCUGUAUAAGGAUUUGAAUGGAGAUCCCGUGGUGUCGAUGUACUUCCAACCAGAUGGUGAAGGUGGCUACACGCGCUCCAAUCCGAAUUCCCUCUUCCUCUGGGGCCAAUCAAUUUUCAUUAUAUCGCAACUUCUAACAGCUGGAUUGUUGCACAUUAAUGAAUUAGAUCCAAUAAGAAGGUACCUCCCAAGCUACAAUAGACCACGCAAAGGUGGCAGAUAUUCUGCCUUUCAGGCCAAGCCAGGAAUAGGAACUGCAACGGAUCUUGUGGUACAAAUUGUUCUUAUUGCUGAAUCAAUGAGAUUGCAGGCAAUGAUGGCCACUUAUGGGAUCCAAACACAAACACCACAUGAGGUGGAACCUGUACAAAUAUGGUCGUCAACGAAGCUAAUUCAGGUGUACCAGCAAUUGGGUGUUAAUGAGAAAAUUGGUGUUUCGGGACGACCACCGAGACCUAUUGGUUCUCUAGGAACUUCCAAAGUUUACAGAAUUUGCGGAAUGACCGUCCUCUGUUAUCCAUUAAUUUUCGAAGUGUCGGAUUUUUAUCUCUAUCGUGACAUGGCUCUACUUAUUGAUGACAUAAAGACAGAAUUGCAAUUUGUUGGGAAGUAUUGGAGACUCUCGGGGAGACCAACAGUUUGCCUGUUGAUUCGCGAAGAGCAUAUGCGUGAUCCGCAAUUCAAGGAAAUGCUCGAUUUGUUGGCAAUGCUGAAGAAGGGUUACUGCGAUGGGAUGAAGGUACGAAUAGGACGUCUACAGAAUCUAAUUUCCAGCUCAUGCAUGGAACAUUUGGACUUUAUGUCACAGUCUGAGCUCCCCGAGAGCUGUGAGGCAUUCAGUCAGGUGACGCAUGAGUACAUUGGCUAUCAGAGCCUCACGGAUAUCCCCAAGGCCAUGACGUAUGUGGAUGAGAGAAUUUCCAUGAAGGAAUUCCACCAUCGCCCCAAUGAGGAUGUCAUUGAGGCCCUAAGACGGACAUCCUCCCUGUACGGGAUGGUGCAACUCCUGGAGAUUCUCAUGAAGCGCCAAGAGAUGAGUUUUGAAAUUGACGGGAGGACACUGUAUCAGUGUAUUACGGAUCUCUACUAUCGCGCCGGAUCCCUGCGCUAUUGGCGUGUUGUGCGCUACUGCAGUUCCCUCCUUCAUCACAUUGUUGACUCCAUUUCGCCCUUUAUCACCACAGUCCUUGUGAAUGGGAAGCAAAUUACAGUGGGGAUUAUUGGGCAGAAGGAGACGGUGUUUGAUAAACCAAUGACCCCGGCUGAGAUACAGGAAGUCAUGUACACAUCCGUACAACCCCUUAAUGUCAUUCAUGCUGUACUCCAGCAAGAAGUUGUCCUCUACUGUGGACGUCUAAUUGCAACAACCCCAGAGAUGUUUCGUGGAAUUCUCAAGAUUCGCGUGGGUUGGGUACUUGAGGCAAUGAGGCUCUAUUUGCACAUUUCGAAUGCAGCUCAAGGGACUGAUUUGGAGAAUCUCUCUCCGUAUGAAGUGCGUCAAUUGCUCCAUCAUGUUCUUACGGUGCAACAAUGGGCAACUAAUGAAAGUCUAUCAACACUACAACGGCGUCAGUUGGAGGGUUGCCUGUGUCGCGUUCCGGAUCAAUUCUACAAUUGGGUGUGGGAUGUACUGCAACGUACCCCAGAAGGGAUUCACGUGCAGGGGCACCAUUUACCCGCUACACCCACCCUCACGAGUAUGAGUCGCAGUGAAUUGUCCUUCUCGCUCCUCGUGGAGGAGACUCUAAUUCACAUUGAGCUCCCGGAGAGGCGUCAAUUGACCGUUGAACUGCUGGGAAUUGUUGCAAAGAUCCUAAGUCGAAAUCCUGAAUUGCAAUUUCAGCAAAUUCUCGAUCUCGAUCAAUUGCUCGAGAGUGCCUUCAUCAUGUACUGCAAGGAUAACAAGAAGGAGAUUUCCAAGGAUAUCUCCCCACUGUAUUCCCUGAGCUAUUCCGAAACUACAGGCUACUUGGCUCGAGCUGCCGUCAACACGGUCCUACAGGGUGGAGCCCUAACACCGGCAAUGAGUGAUGAAAUGUGCAAAGUUUCCUAAUCCUUUCGUUUUUUCUUAGCUUUUUUUCUCUUUUCUCAAUUUGUUGAGCAUUAUUCUGUUAUUAUGCGAACAUUUUAUUAUGUAUGUUGUUGUUGUCUGUUUGCAAAGUUAUUUGUAUAUUAUGUAAAAUGUUGAGAUAGAACCAAUAUAUAUAUAGCGAUGAAAGUGUAAAAAAAACACCCUUUAAGCGUCACAAAGCUCUGAUCAAAAUUGAUUGAUUUCCUUUUUCUUUUUUUCAUAAAGGACGAUAUGGUAAAAUCACAAGUUUUAAUGGUACAAAAAAAGACAAAUUAAUUCAAAAA